UUUGGUGUAGAGUAUAAAUGAAAACAUGAAUGUAAUGACUUAUCUAAGUUUUACAGUUCUAUCAAUAGUCAUUCAAUUUUGUGUUAUGGAUUUUAUUCAAGAAAAGUUACAGGCUGAUGAUGAUCCUGCACUUCUGAAUGUUAGCCAAAAGGAAUCCUUGCAUCAAAUAUUAAAAAAUAUAAGCCAUAAACCACAUGCUCUCUACUACCGAACACAAACAAGAUCUCUAAAAAGUGCCUCAUCAAGAAUUCCUAACAUUUCUUCUGCACUGGUUACAUUGGGAACAACAGAAGCAACAACUGCUCUAUUUGAUGUUCUGUAUGAUGAUAACACGACAGACUCCGAUGUUACUUCCACAACAGAAAUGUAUUUUACAAGCACUGACUAUGACAAUAUUACAGAAAUAACAUUUUUUGACAACAAGAAGAACAAGUCAUCAAAUAGCCCGCCAUUCAGUACUAAACCAAAAACAAGUUCUACCAAUCACUGUGCAUGCAACUUAUUGUACAAAGUUUGUGACAUAAAUUGCUGUUGUGAUCAAGAUUGUUCCGAUAGUGAACACAAUAUAUUCCAGUGCAGUAACAUUGCAAAGGCCAAUCAUAAUGAACCAGAAAUUGAUGGUUGCGUCUCUCAUCUAUUUGAUGAGCGAAAAUAUGGGGGCACUACUUUGGAUAACCUUUUAUGCAUAGUGAAAACCAAUUUGCCAGUGAAGCGGAACAUUCAAAAGUUUGAUCAGCUUUCUGUGGAUCAAUACUAUAAGUGGCGCUGUGAUGACCCGAAGUUUACAUCAUAUGAAUUCAGAAAAACAUUAUAUAAUUUUUCUGAUCCUGUAUGGCUAUUAAAAAAUGAAACUAUUUACUACCUAGACUUCCCAACUCCCUCAGUGAACAAUUAUUGUACUGAUAGAGAACCAAUAGAAUUUCUAAAGCAAAAACAAUCCAGGUGCAAUGUCAAAAUAAAGGAUUUGGAAAUGUUUAAUAUCCUGAAAACGAGUGAAGAGGCUAUGGUUAUAAGUGCUACUGAAAAGACAGCCAACAGCUCGCUAAUGAAUUGUUCUAAUCUCCAUUGUAUUAAUUGGACUAUUCUUGUUUGCGAUAAUGGUUUAUGUCAAAAUUACAACAAGAGCACAGAUGAAGUCACAUGCAUUGAAGACAUUUGUACAAAUGUUGCAUUGAAAAUAGAUUAUGAAUUCUAUUAUCAAGAAUUUAAAAUCAUUAAUGCAACCAUAAAGCUAUAUGUUGAAAAUAUAUCCAGUUCUUUACCAUUUAUGUCACAAGAAAUUAAUGUAAAUUUUUACAUUGCUAAUAAAUCUAUUGAUCUCAUAUUACAAUUAAGUGGUAAUCCAGGAUACAUUGAAGGUUUACCAGUGAUAGUAUCAUAUGCUAAGAAUAACCAUACUGAAUUAUUUUACAAUAACACUUUAGCUUAUAAGAGCAACAUGGUUUUUCCCGACAAUAAGAACGGAUUGUGUGAUAUGACACAUACUUCAAGUAACAUAGUAAAAUUUGGAGUAAACAAAAGAACUAAAUGUCUUUACGUACAUCCCUAUGAAGGCGUACCUAAACCUGAUAUAUGUAAUACUAUUCAAAGUGAUAUUAACAAACUGCUGAAACUUCAUAAAAACGUAUCAAUCUCUCCAUAUGGUAAUCCUCGCGAUUUGAGUGACAAUCUCUGGUUGAACCUAGAGAUAAACAUUGAGAAACAAGAGCCAGUUUACGGACAGUUUAAUGAUAAGUCCCUGAAACUUCAUUGCUAUAAUUUAAUUACCAGACUGUCUUUAAUAUUUAUGUACGCUAGUGUUGAUGAAAAUGCUUACAGAGGACAGAAUAAAAUUUUGUCUGUAAAGUAUGAAGUAGCUGCUAAUAAUCAUAGUUUCUAUGUAGAAGAUAUUUCAAUCGUCACUACUAUUGAUAUUAUUUUUAUGGAUGUGACGAAGCCAAGUGUUUAUGAAUAUGCUGGGAGUCCCCAUUUGAACAUUUAUUUACCAAGAGACUUUUUUUUUCCUUUUCCACCGAAUACUUCUGCUCACAUGUCUACAACAUGUUUAAUGAUAUUACUCUGUUGUGUAAUAGUAUUUUUUGCAAAUAAAAUAACUCUUGAAUAAUAA